CCACCACCCGAAGUCCCGAACCAAAUCUUCCUUCGCUGAUGGCGCCACUCCUCUACCAAGGGGUCCCCAAAACCUUCGCACCACCGAUUUCCCGCGCUCGCCACCGCCUCGCGCCCAGACCGCCCUCCGCCGCCACCUUCCUCCGCGGCCUGUUCCCUGCCCGCCCGCCGCCGGCGAAGGCCGAGCUCCUCCGCCUCAUCGCCGACCAGGGCCGCGGCCUCGAGACGCAGUCCGACCCCGCGCGCCUCGCCGACAUCGUCUCCUGCGUCGACGCGCUCGCCGCGGUAUCCCCCGGCGCGGACACCGUCUCCGACGCCGCCAAGCUCUCCGGAACCUGGCGCCUGCUCUGGACGACCGAGCAGGAGCAGCUCUUCAUCGUGCGCAACGCCCCCUUCUUCCGGACCGCCGCCGGCGACGUGCUCCAGGUCAUCGAUAUCCCCGGCGGCGCCCUCAACAACGUCAUCACGCUUCCGCCUUCGGGCGCGUUUGUCGUCAAUGGCGCCAUCGAGGUCCAGCCACCCCAGCGAGUCAAUUUUAGGUUCACACGCGCUAUACUGAGAGGAAGCAACUGGGAGGUACCUUUUCCACCAUUUGGGAAAGGAUGGUUUGACACCGUAUAUUUGGAUGAUGACAUACGGGUCGCCAAGGACAUAAGAGGGGACUAUUUAGUAGUUGAGCGGGCUCCAUAUUCUUGGGAUGGAUAGUGUCUGAAGUUCAAAGCUGACUAAAAGAACAUUUGGGGAACCUUGUGCUUUCCCAGCAUAGACUUCACAUUUUACUAUGCCAUUUCUUUUCCUGUACAUUGUUUUGUUCUACGGAUACUAUGUUGUAAGUCUGAUUCAUGCUGUACUCGCUGUAAGAUAUUCUCCAAAAAAAUUGAUAAAGGAAGUUGAUAUUGUCCGUAUAUGUUUUCCUAUGUGAAAGAACACCAACUUGCUCAAGUAUAUUAGCUGCUUUGACUUGAUGAUGCUGUGGAUCAGGCUCUAAAGUACUUUGAAUGAAUAAUGAAAUGGUAAAGAAGGAUCCACUACACUUCUACUUGUUGAACUUGGUAUUGCAUUGUUAUGGCCCAGCCAUGAUGGACUUAUGGACGAUUUCAGUUUAUUUUGAUAGUGUUACUUGCUUGUUGGCUUAGCUUAAAAGUAUUGGGCACAUCAUAGCUUUAAUUGGUGGUUUUGUGCAUGUGACGUAUGCUCUCAUGCCAUCAGGUCAAUAAAUACAAUCAUCUAUGUAAGGGUAGUAGCAGCAGCAUUGCUUUCUUGAAACCCAACUUUGCUUUGGGAAAAGUAGCAAAUCUAAUGUUGAAACAUAAGAUUCCGGAUCUGUAACCACUUACCAUUUGACAACUAAUUUAGGAGUGUGUCUCAGAUGCAAUUAUUUUUAUACUAUAUCUCUGCCAGUCAGGGGAUCAUACUGCCGGUCUUGGACUUCAUGUAAUCAUGUUCAAGUGUUGUACCUGUGGAGUCCAAUUGGCAUGUGCAGUGCAGUGGUGAGAGAAAUCGAUUUACCAUUUUUGUUUUUAUUUCCAUGAUGACUAACUUAUUUGGUCAUUUCUUUAUUUGUGAAGACUCUGCUCUGCAGAAGUAAUUUUUUGUGAGGUUUUCUGCUAUUCAUCAGAAGUCAGGGAAUAGGUCUGUUAUGCAAUGGAUCAAUUUAACAUCACUGCUAUAUGAUAUUUGAGGUCAGAUCAUCAGAAACUUCUGGUGCAAAAUGCUUCAAGUUUUCUCCUACUGUUGGACUGAACAACAACCUUUGUUUUCAACAGCUUAUUUCAAUUAUCUAGUCUGGCGUUCACCCUCUUGUACUAAUAAAGUGGGUUUUGUUGAUGCUGUUUCCGCAAUUGCAGGUUCUGAGUCGCAGUCGCACAGCAUUGGGAGGGUUUCGGAGGACAGGUUGGACCAUGACCCCCGGGCCAGGCUAUACAGUGUUGCAGCAUAUUCUGUACUGUGUAGUGCUCGGUAUUGUGCAGAAAGAGCUGGCCUACCAAGCCCUGCAGCCUGGAGCCAUAAGCCAUUUCAAUCAAAGAUUAGAAGACGACGGCGGGAUCAGACCUCUCCAUGGGCCUGCCCAAGUGCUAAUGUCCGGAUGAUCAACAACUCUGGUGUUCUAUGGAUAGUGAUACACAUUUUAUACUUCGACUCUACAUUGUAAUCACCCAGGUUAGCAUACGUUUCCACUUAAAAUAAUUGCAAAUACUGACAUGAUUACUCA